AUGAGACACUCAGACUCCAGCUCCAUGGACCAGUCUUUUACUGAGGAGCUUGAGCCCUAUGUUCUGGAGAGGGAUGAAUGCGCUGCUCUUAGCCGAACCGCUAGCCACCACAGUCUUUAUCCUGACCAGGAGGUGGUCAACAUCCUGUCGCACCCAGAAAGCGGCAAACAAUCGUCUCCGUGCUACGAGGUUACUUUGGAAGCCACCGAAACAACCCAUCCGCUGAUGCUCCCUGUGUGGCGCAAGUGGCUGAUUGUGCUCACCCUUGCGCUUGUUGGUCUAGACAUCUGUUUGUUGUCCAGCUGCUGGUCGCUGGUGUCGCCGUUGCAGCAGAAAUACGGUGUUUCUCACGAACUGUUUGUACUGGGGGUGUCUUUUUACAUUUUCGGCAUGGCAUGGGGUCCGCUUUUCCUGUCACCCAUCAGCGAGUUUUACGGCCGCAAACUGACCUACAUCAUUGGCCUGCUACUCAGCAUUGUGUUCCAGAUCCUCAUGUGCUUUGUGCCCAACUACGGGUUCCUCAUUUUUUGUCGGUUCAUGUCCGGUCUUUUUGGCUCUGUUUUCUUAUCGGUUGCACCAGGUACGAUUUCCGACAUAUUUACCAAACAGACCAUCGGCACCCCGCUGUCCAUCUACUCGUUGUGUCCGUUCCUGGGCCCCAGUCUCGGCCCACUGCUUGCGGGAAUAGUUGUCCAGUUCGGCAAGCAAAAAUACAUGUGGACGUUUUACAGUCUCCUGAUUUUUAGUGCUUUCCUGUUCGUUCUUAUGGUGAUUGUUAUUCCCGAGACCUAUGUUCCAAUCUUGACCAAACGCAAGGCAAAAGCUCUCAGACUCGAGACAGGCAUCGACGACUACUACGCUCCAUUGGAACACUCUGCCAACAGUCUAAUUCACACCAUCUUGAAAGCUCCCCAAAGACCGCUGUCUGUGCUGCUAUUCGACCCAAUGAUGUCUGUGCUCUGCUUCUACUCCGGGCUAGUUUUGGGAAUCGUUUACCUGUUCUUUUUCUCUGUUCCCUACACGUUCCACAAGGUGUGGGGUUUCAACGUCGCGGAGCAGGGACUUGCGUUCCUGGGCAUGACAGUCGGCAUGGUCGCAUCGUCCGCGGUGUCGCCGUACUUUGGAACAAUCUACCACAAACUCAGCGAGAAACACGGCAGACCAGAACCAGAGUACCGGUUCCCGCCGCUUAUUGUUGGCGGAAUGCUGGCUCCUGCGUCUCUGAUCACCAUGGCAUUCACAACGUACAAGCAAUGCCACUGGAUCGGGGCGCUUAUCGCGUCCGGUUUCUAUGGAAUGUCCACGGGACUGAUCAUCUCCGGAAUCUUCACUUACACAACAGAUGCGUACCGGUUGUUUGCUGCGUCGGCUGCUGCUGCCAACACGUUCACCCGGUGCUCCAUGGCUGGGAUUUUCCCGCUAUUUGGGCUCCAGAUGUACGAAAAGCUCGGAGUCAACUAUGCGUGUCUGCUGCUGGCAAUGCUGGCACUGCUGUUGGCGCCUGCACCGCUGUUUUUCUACAAAUUUGGCUCGAAACUCAGACAACGGUCGAAGCUUGAAGUCGUUAACGUAAGGCUCAGCAACAGGCUGGUCCUCCUUUGGCUCGUAGAUAACAACGGAGUCAGGAAGAGCCUUUGGUCCCUUUCUGUUGGUAGCUGGGUCCUUCAUAAUCUUGACCUUGAUACCCAAAAUACCUUGUCUAAGCAAAACGUGUCUGGUAGCAACAUCAAUGAAGUCAAUGACUGGUUGACCAGAGUGGAUCAUGAAACCGUCACCGAACUUCAUAGACUUAGCUCUAGCACCCUUGGACUUACCAGAGAUGACGACCUCGACACCCUUAGCACCGGACUCCAUCACGUAUCUGAUAACACCGUAAGCGGCUCUUCUAACAGCAAGACCGUUCAACAACUUGUACCGGAGCGACUCACAUUGAGUAACGGCGGAAAGACCUCUGUCCUGGACUCUCUCGGCGAACAAGACGAUGGUACCUGGAGCAAACUUGAAUCUCUUCUGGACAAGAGAAGUAAGCUCGUUGAUUCUUCUACCCUUCUCACCAAGGACUCUUUGGGUGUUGGUGGCAGAGAUGAUGACCUCGGUCUUGGUUGGGGUGAUUCUAACCUCGACACCGGCGUAUCCCUCUUCUGGGAGUUCUCUGCUGAAGAAUUCGUUCAACUCGGCGUAGAAGACACCGUCAGCAACAAGCUUUCUUUUCUUGGAGAAGUUGGCAACCAUUUUGAUGAUAGGAUUGUUUGUGAGGUGAAAAAUUUGGCUGAAAUAAAAUUUUAG